CUAAAAAAGCCAAUCACUCCUCUUGACGUUGUGUUUCUUCCUUCCCUCCCUCCCUCUCCCCUCCCGCCGUUCCCGCCCUCUUUCCUUGAGGCUUGCAGCUCCUUCCCGCUUCGAUCCCAUCCCGACGUCGUCUCCGAUGGCUUUUUCCAAGCUCUUACUGUCACUCGCGUUCGCCGCGGCAUCAUUCCCGAUGCAGCACGCCUACUUUCUCUUUUCCAUGAACGAUGUGAUCACGACGGAGCGGAUCGACCCUAUCGUCAGCCCUGGCAAAGUCGCGGGCCACGUCCACACCGUUGUGGGCGGGAGCAACUUCCGCGUGGCGACGAACACGAGCUUCCUGCGGCAGAGCGAGUGCACGUCCUCGCCGAUCAAGGAGGACAACUCGGCCUACUGGGCUCCGACCACCUAUUUCCAGUGCGUCGUCCUUCCUACGCGCAAGCACUCGGGCGACCCUGACUCCCUGCAGAUGGGCGAACGGCUCGUUCAGCAGCGUGAACGGCAACCCGGUUAUGGCGUGACGCGAUUGGCAGACUAUCUUUUCUCCGACACACCCGGAACGACGACGGCGUUCCCCGAUGACUUCCGCAUGAUCAGCGGGAAUCCCAUGCUGCGAGCUUAUGACCCUACCUCGUACGCCCAGCAGGCGAUCACGUUCCUGUGCUUGGACUUCAAUGGCAAGUCGACCCGGUUUAACGAGUUCCCCGCCCAAAACUGCCCGUCCGGUAUCCGGGCCCAGAUCAACUUCCCGAUGUGCUGGGACGGCGUCAACGCGGACUCGCCCGACCACAAGUCGCACGUCGCGUUCCCGUCCGGCGGCCCCGACUCGGGCACAUGCUCGGAUCCCAAGUUCCCCAAGACCCUGCCGCGGAUUUUCAUGGAGAUGUACCUCGACACCGGAUCGUGGUGGGGCCUCCGAGACCAGGCGAAGAACAGCAGCCAGCCGUUCGUCUACUCGAUGGGCGAUCCGACUGGGUACGGGUACCACGCCGACUUUAUGAUGGGCUGGCAGCCGAAUGUGCUGCAGCGCGUUGUGGACGAGUGCCAUUGCAACGAGUUCGGGGACCCGACCUGCUGCUCGAACGCGGGAAUCUUCAAUUUCGUCAAGGGGGGAAACUGCCGUAUCACCAAGGGUGUCAAUGAAGUGACGACGGGCGUGCUCGCGACGCUCCCUGGUAACAAUCCCGUCGUGGGCUAUGGUGGCAAGGUCCAGCUGUUGGCGGCAGCGGUGGUCCCAGCGCUGAUUGACCCUGUCUAUGCCUACACGGGGGACAGCCCGAGCAGCACAGGGAACCCUGUCGGAAACCCUGUGACUCUGGCCAGCCCACCUGUCUCUACCGCUGCACAGGCGUCUUCUUCCGGAGGCGCAGAGAAGAGUGCGCCUGUGAAUCCAGCUGGGCAAGCGGGAUCUUCGUCAAGCGGCGCAAGUUCGAACCCGGCACAAGGGGCAUCGUCUGCGUCGUCGUCCAGCUCGAACUCUACUUCCAACUCCGGCUCCAACUCUGGCUCCUCCGCCUCUGCGGGCUCUCCGGCCAACCCGGCCGGUGCCCCCCACUCUGGGUCUCCCCCGGCCAGCCCUGCUUCCCCUGCUUCCGGCUCAGCUCCCUCCUCCGGCUCGGCAUCCCCUUCCACGUCCACCUCCGCUUCCCCGGCGCGUGUGUCCCGGCUGUCGUGUCUCGCGAAGCAGAACGGGACGCAUGCCAGACGCGCGCGCCGCGCUCACGAUUCCCGGCGCAAAUACAACGCUGGUCUUUGAAUACGACCCCCGGCUACGAACACACGCACGCCGUGCUGUGCUCUCCUUUCCUUUGUAAACUCACUCUCCUUUGUCUGUGCUCGUCUCGUCUCUCUGUCGCUGCUGCCUAGUGCGGCUGGCGCUGCCCGCCUCGAUUGGCGGCAUUGGAUCUGUUGUGCCCCUAGAGGGGGCUGCUGUCUUGCAGGCAGCUACGUACAUAAAUGCACAUACAAACAUACAUAUAUCAUGCACCGUGUUCUUCGUGUCGCGUGGCUAGGCCAUGCCGGAUAUACAAGCCCAUUUCUCGCUUUGGA